CUGUUUCUCUCUGUAAAUCUGCUUCUUAAGUGCGAGCGAGCUCGAUGCGAAGCAUUUCUUGCGGUGAGUGCAUUGAUCAUUUCCCAUCUUCCCCAAGCAUUUCUUUACUUCAUUCCCUUCUUCACCUCUGAAUAUUUAAUUCCAUCUUUGCUAGAGAGAGAGGGAAGAGAGAGAGAGUUUGGUUUGGUGAGCUGUGUGGUUUCUGACCCAGUAUUCAUUUCCAUCUUAAUUAGCCAGAAAAACCCACUUCACAUGGCUUCUUCUGUUGACGUACCGUCAUAAGUAUCUCGGCUUUCUCUCUCUGUUUCUCGCUCUUUUUGACGAGCGAUGGGGCAUGUUUGCCAGAGGACUGGACGGUCAUCAUCAUGAGGAAGGGGAAGACCGGUUCAUCAUCGUGUUGGACGAUUCUUGUCUCGCGCUAGCGCUCGCCGGUGGGCUCGCGCCGCGCGCGCGGGGCCUCAGCAUGGACGGAGUGCUUCUGCUCUCCUUCAAGUACUCCGUCACCAGCGACCCGCUCAGGGCGCUCGACGGCUGGAGCUACGGCGACGAUACGCCAUGCUCGUGGCCCGGCGUCACGUGCGGCACCGCCACCGGUAACGACACCGCCGCCUCCUCCCGCGUCGUCGGCCUCUCCCUCCGGGGCUCGCGGCUCACCGGCUCGAUCCCCUCCGACAUGGGCAUGCUCAAGUACCUGCGGACCCUCGAUCUUUCCAACAACUCCCUCAACGCCACGCUCCCCGACACUUUGUUCGAUGCCGCCGAGCUCCGCGUCCUGGAUCUCUCCGACAACCGGGUCGAGGGCCCCAUCCCCGCCGCCAUCGGUUUGCUCGGGAACCUCCAGCUCCUCAACCUCUCCUACAACGCUUUGACGGGAAGCCUGCCGGCCAACCUCACUGCGCUCACUAACCUGACUGUAGUGUCGCUCGAGAACAAUUACCUCACGGGGAACCUCCCUGGCGGGUUUGACCAUGUGGAGGUCCUCGAUCUAUCGUCAAACCUGAUCAACGGGUCGCUGCCGGAGAAUUUAGGGGGCGAGGGCCUCCAAUACCUGAACGUGUCCCACAACCGGCUCUCUGGGGAGAUCCCUGCGGGCUUCGGUGGGAGGAUCCCGGCCAACGCCACCCUUGACUUCUCCUACAACGAACUCGCCGGCGAGAUUCCGGAGUCUGUUGUGUGGAUGAACCAGGACGAGGCGUCGUUCAGCGGGAACCCGGACCUCUGUGGGAUUCAGACAAGGAACCCUUGCCCGAUCCCUUCUUCCCCGUCAUUCUCGCCGCCAAACGUGUCCGCUCCGACCUCGCCUCCUGCGUUCGCGGCUUUCCCGAAGACGAUCGGCUCGACCCCUGAGACGACGAACGCGACGGCGAGCAAGUCCAAGAGACAAACGGGGCUUCGGCCGGUGACCAUAGUUGUCAUUGUGGUCGGUGACAUUGCGGGCAUUGCGAUGGUGGCAGCGAUUUUCGUGUGCGUUUGCCGGAUCAAGAAAAGGAAGAAGAGUCUCGACACGGCACCGGCCAAGAACGAACCCAGUGCGGCAGCGGAUACAUGGUCGUCCACCUCCUCGGAGUCGCGUGGGUUCACGCGAUGGUCAUGCUUGCGGAAGCGAGGCGACAACGACGGAGAGAGCUCCGAGACCACUGCCUCCGACACCGACGACAACGACGACGCGAAGAGCUACGACAACACUCAGCGGCUCGAGAAGCAGGAGCCCUACAAGGAAGGGAUGCUCGUGACCAUCGAUAACCGCGGCGGCGGCGGCGGAGGGGACAAGGUGGCGGCGCUCGAGCUGGAGACAUUGCUGAAGGCGUCCGCGUACAUAUUAGGGGCGACGGGGUCGAGCAUAAUGUACAAGGCAGUGCUGGAGGACGGGACGACGCUGGCGGUCCGGCGGAUAGGGGAGAGCGGCGCGGAGCGGUUCAAGGACUUCGAGGCCCAGGUCCGAGCCGUGGCCAAGCUGGUCCACCCGAACCUGGUCCGGGUCCGCGGGUUCUACUGGGGGGUCGACGAGAAGCUCAUCAUCUACGAUUUCGUCCCCAAUGGCAGCCUCGCCAAUGCCCGUUACAGGAAAGUGGGAUCAUCUCCUUGCCAUUUGCCGUGGGAGGCCCGGCUCAGGAUCGCGAAGGGAGUGGCCCGAGGGCUCGCGUACCUGCACGAGAAGAAGCACGUGCACGGGAACCUGAAGCCCAGCAACAUCCUGCUCGGCGGCGACAUGGAGCCCAAGAUAGGCGAUUUCGGCCUCGAGCGCCUCGUCACCGGCGACACGAGCUACAAGGCCGGCGGCUCCGCCAGGAACUUCGGGAGCAAGCGGUCCACCGCCUCACGCGACAGCUUCCAGGACCUCGGCCCGGGGCCUGGCCGCAGCCCCAGCCCCAGCCCGAGCUCGAUCGGCGGGAUCUCACCCUACCACGCGCCCGAGUCGCUGAGGAGCCUCAAGCCGAGCCCGAAGUGGGACGUGUUCGCGUUCGGGGUCGUGCUGCUCGAGCUGCUGUCGGGGAAGGUGGUGGCGGUGGACGAGCUCGGCCAGGCCAACGGGGUCGUGGUGGACGACCAGGGCCGGGCCGUGAGGAUGGCCGACGCGGCGAUCCGGGGCGAGCUGGAGGGCAAGGAGGACGCCCUGCUGGCUUGCUUCAGGCUGGGGCUCGGCUGCGCAUCCCCGGUGCCCCAAAAGAGACCCUCGAUGAAGGAGGCCCUACACGUUCUCGAGAAGAUCCCAUCUUCGUCAACGUCCAUGCGCCAUUAUGGUGGUCACUUGGUAUGAAUGAACAGGUGAAAGUGUUGUAGAGAGCGAUGUAUCUAUGAUUGACGUGACAAAUUUGUCAAAUUUGUUUGUGGUUGGAUCAUGAAAUAGAGAGUUAGAUAGAGAUUUCUCUUUCA